GUCACACAGGUCGUUCCAGCCGCCUGCUUGCCUUCCGCUAGUUUUUAAAGGCCUUGGGUGGGAGAGGCCUAAAAGCGUUCUUCCUCCCGAAAAAUCCAGUGCUGAGGGAGGAAGGACGAAAUCCUUACCGCGCAUCCAAGAAACUAUGGACCCUGGAAGUGAGCACACUUUUUAGACUUAAGUUUGGUGCUUUGCUUUGAGGGGGAAAUAAGAUAAGUGAUUUUAGAAAGUUUGUCAUACGACUGAAAAAAUUUUAAAACAACUAGAAUUUGGGGCGGUAACUCCCAAUGACUUUUUUAACACCCAUCUUAAAACAGCGUUAGACUGCCCUGGAAUAUCUAUCUAAAUAUCUGUAUAAAUAUUUUUAAAGUGUGGCAUAAAUCUGGUAAGGACAGAAUGAAAAUGGAAAGCUUAACUUAAAAAGUAAGCUGACAGACUGUGCGAUAUGAACAAAGUUCUAAAAGUGUAACUGGAAGUUCUAGACCCAUCAAAAAAAUUUAAGAAAUAAGGCUCUUGCCUUUUUCUGCAUUUGGAAAACAAAGAUUUUUCAGAUUCCCUUCAUCCCAGCCCAGGCAGCAUUUAUGUGUUUGGAAGAUGGAAAAGAUGUCAGCAUUGGAAAUGAUUCACAGGACUUACUAACUCAGCCAGUUGACACCAGCAUUUCCCCCUUGAGGCAAUUUGAACCCAUUUGCAAAUUUCAUCUGAGAGAAGCAUUUAAUAAUGAAAUGAUAACAUUUCAAAAUCUGACAGAAAGCUCACCUUACACGGAGAAACCAGAAAUGCAAAGUCAUGUGUAUAAUUAUGCAAAAGACACCAAUAUGAAGGAAGAUUCAUUUAAGGAAGAAGAUCCAGUGGGAACUGGCAUGUCCGCAAAUGAAGACCAACUUGCUCAUGAGUGUGUCACACAAUGUUCUAGAAGCCCACCUCUAGUGCACAGCAGUGGAGAGACACUGAAAUUCAUGGAAAUGUCACUGCCUAAAAGUGCUUCCGUGGAGUCUGCGCUCAAACCUAGUCAAACUCAAAGCUUCUUGUAUAAGGAAAAGGUACACAGAGAUGUUGAAAAACCAUUUUACAAAGAGAAUAGCUUUAACCUCUUUGAUCUGAGAGCCAAUGAUAAAACAGAGGAGAUCGCAGUGUCUUCAAAAGGGAUACAGAGCUUUCGGGAUGUUCCUGAGAUGCCAGUCUGUCACCAUAAGGAGGUCACCGUGCGGGACGUGGACAGGCCAGGGACGGCCUCACCUUGGUCUCCUGCAGGCAUUUCUUGGAGUGGUGGAGCAUCUCCAGAGGACAGCAAGAUGCCCAACCCAAAGCAGAGCUUGGAAAGCUCACAGCCUCUGGAAGAGGACAUGGCUUUAAAUGAAGUCUUACAGAAAUUACAGCACACUAACAAACAGCAGCAGACUCGGAUCCAAGACCUGCAGAGUAGCAACAAGUAUUUAGAGAAGAAGACUGAAGAACUACAGAAGCAGACUACCAAACAGCAGGUGUUCAUGGACAUCAUAAAUAAGCUGAAGGCCAAGAUGGAAGAAUUAAUUGAAGACAAAUACAGAGUGAUGCUAGAGAAGAGUGACACUGACAGGACGCUGCAGAAUUUGCACGAGGUCUUAACUCACACCCAAAAGCAUCUUCAGGAAGCUAGGAAUGAAAAGGAAACCUUACAGCUGGAGCUCAAGAAGAUCAAGGGCAAUUACGUUCACCUACAGGAAAGGUACAUGACUGAAAUGCAACAGAAAGCUAAAACUGUCAGUCAGUGCCUAGAGAUGGACAGAACCCUAAGCGAGAAAGAAAAAGAGGUGGAGAAGCUGCAGCAACUCAAGGGGGAGCUGGAAAAGGCCACCACCUCCGCUCUGGAUCUGCUGAAAAGGGAGAAAAAGGCCCGAAAACAAGAGUUCCUGUCUUUACAUGAGGAAUUUCAGAAGCACAAGAAGAAAAACCUGGAAGAAAGACAGAAACUGAAAUUGACACUCAAGAAGCUGAUCAUUCAAGUUACUCAUUUGCAGCUCAUAUCUGAUACCGAAAAGGCAGAGAACACCCAACUCCAGCAGCAGGUCACGGAAGUCAAACAGGAAAACGAAAGGCUUCGGCAGCAGGUGGCGAGGAGCCAGGAGCAAAAUGAUGCCCCCCCUCAGUUUGAGACGCCUUGGUUAAUGGAGCACGCCAGGGAAGUGGUAACGGCGGAUAUCAAAAAGGAUGCAAAGACCAUGCAUUCCAAUUUGUUCAUGAAUUGUUCACCUGGUGAAGAAGAGAGCCUGAGUCCCCCAGAUGUGAAAAGAACUUCUCAGCCCGUCUCCAGAAUUCACAGUCUUCUGACUCUGAUGGUAGGGCUUCUCAAACCCCAGUUCCUGGAACAUAAAGACAGAAUCACAGCUUUUAGAGAGUUAAUUGCAAAAGAAAAAGCAUUUCAAGAUCAGGUUAUCAAGCGAUCUGGAUUUCAGUGCCUCAUAAUAUAUUAGGGCAGUUAAUACAUUAUUAACUUGGAACUACGUCCAUAAAUCUAGAACAUUGGGGGCCAUAGCGGGGACCCAACUUAGGAAAUCUUCUGCUGGAGGACCUCAUGACUGAACACUGACACCUGGACUGAGGGCCCCUCAUCCAGCCCCGGCAGCCAGCUGACUUCUCCACCUCUCACUCCACUUCUCAGUGCUUCGUCCACACAGCGUAGGAAGCAGCUCUCCAAGAGGACUUCUUCCUCUACUCUGGUCAAGUGGACAGGGCCAGACAUGGGAACUGUUCCUCUGCCUUACUCAGACCUACCCUUGAAGCCUGCUUCUUCAAGAUGAUUGUCAAGGCCCAUCACCCCGGCUGUGGAUCUGCCUCUGUGCUGCAUGUGGGCAGACACCACAGGAAAGGGGGUGCUGGGGAGAUGGGGGAGCAUGCCACUGCACCUUCAGUCAGCCCUCAAGCACCCUGGGGUGAGGAAGUCUUGUUGGACCUUAUGUAAGGGCUUUGACGCUAUCUUAAAAAGUACUUAUUUUAAAUAUUUCACACCAAACCGUGUAAAAACUAAUAUAAUAAAUAGCCAUGUACCUACAGCCCAGGUAAAGAAAUGAAAUGUGAAUGUAGUUGAAGCUCUCUGUGUCCCUCUCCAGUUGCAUUUUCCUCCCCUCCACCCAGUGGUAACCAUGAUCCUGAAUUUAGUGUUUACCUUUACCAUGAAUGUCUAUAUUUCCUGCUUAUAUAUUUAUCUUUAAACAACGUGCAUAUUGUUUUACCUAUCUUCUCUCUUGCAUCUUAUAUAUCCUUUUCUAAGUUUCCCGCCCUCAAUCUUAUAACUGCAAGAUUCUUUUUUGUGAUAGGUGUAACUAUAACUUACUCUUUUUCACUCCUGUGUAGUAUUUUAACAUGUGAAUAAAUCAUAGCUCACACUAGAACAUUUCAGAUACAUCCAGUCUUUGUCCACACACUUUUACAGAGUUGAAAUCAUACUGUAUGUAAACUGUUGAAUUUUGUUUCAGUUAACAUAUCACACAUUUUUACAUGUUACUAUGCUGUCCUUAGAGAUUGAAUAUAGAUUGUAUAUAAUUUUCAAUGACUGCAUAAUAUUCCAUAGAGUGAAAAUAAAAUAAUUUUUUAGCCAUUCCCCUUGUUGGAUAUUUGGGUUCUUUUUACUUUUAUCUGGAGAGGUUUUUCCUUUGUGAGUUACUUCCUUAGAAUAAAUUAUCAAAGUGGGAUUACUGCUUUUAAAGCUAUAAAUAAGGGAUGCCUAGGUGGCUCAGUCGUUAAGCGUCUGCCUUCGGCUCAGCUCAUGAUCCCAGGCUCCUGGGGUCGAGUCCCACAUCGGGCUCCUUGCUCAGUGAGGAGCCUGCUUCUCCCUCUCCCACUGCUGCUCCCCCUGCUGUGCUCUCUCUCUCUGACAAAUAAAUAAAAACCUUUAAAAAAAAUGCAUUUAAAAAAAUAAAACUAUAGGGGCGCCUGGGUGGCUCAGAUGGUUAAGCGUCUGCCUUCGGCUCAGGUCAUGAUCCCAGCGUCCUGGGAUCGAGUCCCGCAUCGGGCUCCCUGCUCCUUGGGAGCCUGCUUCUCCCUCUGCCUCUCUCUCUCUGUCUCUCAUGAAUAAAUAAAUAAAAUCUUUAAA